ACAAUUGUGGUCACAUUGGGGUAUAUAUGAUCCAACAGCAGACCGCAAGAUAAGCGUUCUGUAAGAAGCCAAUUGGCCUGUCCACGGCUAUAUUAGUAAGCACAGUCUCACCUCGGCCGUCAUACAUGGCAGAUCGCACCCUAUUCUGCGCCAUCUGCAGCGGCCCGAUCCGACCCCUCGCCCCGGGUCCAGGCCAAGAAUGGAGCGCCGCCCUGAAAUGGCAGACCAAACUCAUUCUUCUCAGCGACCCAGACCGCGAGUUCGAGACGCUGGAGCAGCACUACAAAGCCGGCAAGCGGCCCAAGAUCCCCAAACUUGCUUUCCAGGCUCAAGCCGACAUCCGGCGCGACGUCGCCGUUGUGCGCGAUGGCGAGUGGUGUGUGCUCCAAGACGCGGACGGGACGGAAAUAAAGCCCAACUGGAGUAUGGAGGUUGAUGAGAAUAAUCGUGUUUAUUCGAUGCCGUAUAGCAUUGCGGCACAUGGGGCGUGUGUGGAUAUUGUGGUGCGGCUCAUGCGCUCGUCGCGGAAUGAAGUUCAUGUGAGGUCUAUGAGAACGCUGUGGAAGGUGUUGCGUAUGGGGUUUGAUGCGAGGGAUAAUGAGUACAUGGGGUCGGUCGAUGCCGCGGGGCCACAGUAUAUUGUUAUGGACAAUGGACAUUACAUGCCGGUGGGUUUUGUUACUGCCCCCGGGGCUUGGAACGGGGAUGAUGAGCAUUGGGUGAGAUUGCUGAUUCCACCAACCGCUUGACUUGGAUACUGAUUGGAACUGAAGGUUGUGAGUGAUCCGUCAAGAAUGCCGGAUUUGACAUCUGAUAUCAUUUCCAACCUCGAGAAGCUGCAUUCCGACGAUGCGGACC